CCUCCUGAAGAGAAGAAUGUCCUGCUCCAGCCUGUGUGUCCCUUCCUGUGGGGUGGCCGCCCCAUGCCCCCUGGCUGACACCACCAAUGAGCCCUGCGUGCGUCAGUGCCAGAGCUCCACAGUGGUGAUCCAGCCCCCGGCCUCAGUGGUCACCUUCCCCGGACCCAUCCUCAGCUCCUUCCCACAGCACAGCGUUGUGGGCUCAGCGGGAGUCCCUGCCAUUGCUGGGGGCUACGGGGGCAGUUAUGGAGGAUAUGGUGGAUUUGGAGGCUAUGGUGGCUAUGGUGGCUAUGGAGGCCUUGGUGGCUAUGGUGGCUAUGGAGGCUUUGGGGGCUGCGGAUAUGGUGGCUGGGGCCGAGGCCUCAGGUCCUUCGGUGGUUGGUGUGGCAGCUGCUAAGCCUCACCCUGGUGCAUCCUCAGACAACAGAGAGCUCCAGGAAAGCCUCUGGCACAUCCCAACAUGAUGAUGCCCAAAGGAAGAGCA